AUGGACAUCAAAACGUUGUUCCAUAAUCUUCGAGAAGAAGUAUCUUGUCCAGUGUGUACCAGCAUAUUCACGGAUCCAAAACAACUCCCAUGUCUCCACAGCUUUUGUCUGCAUUGCUUGAAUCAGAGGCACAGAACAAGCCGUGGCCGAGACACAAUCAGAUGCCCGAAGUGCCAAGCACUUAGCAGAGUGCCUGAAAGUGGUGAUUUAAAAGAUCUUCCAACCGGUUUUUAUCUUAACGGCCUCAUUGAUGUGUUGGCAAUAAGAGAAUGUAAAACCAACCAAGUAAAAUGCGGAAAUUGCGACAAGAACAGCUCAGAAAGUUCCUAUUGUUUCCAUUGCUGUGCAUUUUAUUGCCAAAAGUGCGUAAUUGCGCACAACAUCAUGAAAAACUACAAAGAUCACCGUGUCCUGGCGCUCCAUGACUUUAAAGACAAGGAUUAUAAGGAUGUAAUGAAACGACCGGCCCAUUGUCCUAAGGAAGAUCACAACAGAGAAGAACUGAAGUACUUUUGCAAGACUUGCGAAAUACCAGUUUGCCAAAUUUGUGUCAUAUUGGACCACGGUGGCCAUAAUAUGAAAUUAAUCAAGGAAGAGGCAGAAAUACAGAAGAGUGCGAUAAAGUCGUUGGUUGAAAAGCAGAGACGUAAUUUGCAAGCGAAGAUGAAAACCGUCAAUCAACUUGAUGAAGAGUUCGCCAAACUGAUGCAACAAGGCGAAGACGUGAAGAGAGAUGUUCAAAGACUUGUUGACAAUCUCGUGGCCGUUAUUGAGGCGAAAAAGCAGAAUAUACUUUCAUCGUUGGAGAAAGAAACGAGCAGAUCGCUUGAUCUUGUAACGGAGCGAAAAACCAAAAUUCAACGACAAAUAAGGGCCAUAGAAUCUGCGCUGGAAAACGCUGAUGAGCUUUUAACUCGUAGAAGUAACGCUGAAAUCGUUCAACUUAAGAAAUCAUUAGACGGCAUUUUUGAUGGGGUUCCUCAAAUCGAGCCAAUUAACCGUGACACCAAAAGCUUCCCGGCUGGUUUCGUUUUCGAGGAAAAUCCAAAACUGUCGGAGACUGUUGAAAGUGUUGAAAUUGGAACUUUACAAAUCUUGCAACUCACCAAGCUUAAGGCACGUCAUUUUUUUUGCGAAGGCAAAGGAAUUGAAGAAGGAAUUGUAAACCGCGAAGCACAAUUUAUUUUGACCUCAAGGAACGGUAGUGGAAAACAGUGUUACAAUGAACGUGAUCAUGUCACGGUGGAGAUCAGAGAUGAACGAGGACAAAAAUGCGCGACGGAAGUAGGAAUAAAUAGCUGUGGAGAUGGACUCUACCAGCUCAAGUAUACUCCAAAAGAUCAAGGAAGGUGUAAAGUGAGUGUUAAGGUUAAUGGGAAACAUAUUGAUAGAAGUCCUUUUACUGUACUCGUAAAACCAUUUCAAUUCAAACCUGUUUUAACAUUCGGUGUAGAAGGUUCGGCUUUAGCAAUGUUUGACCAUCCUUUUGGGGUGGCAGCAAAUGCUAGGGAUGAGAUAGCCGUAGCUGAUUUAUCCAAUCACAGAAUUCAAAUCUUUAACAGUGACGGAAGUUACAUAAGAUCCUUUGGUCGUCACGGUAGCAAAGCGGGAGAAUUUCAAAGUCCGAAAGGAAUAGCAUUUAAUAAUAAUGGAAAUAUUUUCGUCUCGGAUUUUUGGCAUCGAAUUCAGAUUUUCGAUGGGAGGGAUAAGUACAUGGGAAGCUUUGGUGGGAUUGGUAGCCUUGAUAAACACCUGAAUGAUCCUUGGGGUCUAUCUGUAGACAGUGACGGUAAUGUGAUUGUUGCUGAUAGGGGAAACAGCUUAAUCAAAAUCUUUUCUCCCGAUGGAAAUUUCCUUAUGAAAAUAGGUGGGCAGGGCUCUUUGAAAUCUCCUAAGCACUGUAUUCAGUAUGAUAGAUAUCUCAUAGUGUCAGACAGUAGUGAACAUUGUAUCAAAGUGUUUGACAGGAAUGGAAACUUUCAAUACAUGUUUGGAAAGAAGGGGGGAGGGGAUGGGGAGUUUGAUGCUCCAUCUUGUAUAGCAGUGAAUAAAUCAGGACACCUGAUGGUCUGUGAUGAAUUUAAUCAUAGAGUACAAGUAUUUGAACUAAAUGGUAAGUUUAUUGGCAAGUUUGGAACAAAGGGGAGCAAUUUAGGAAAGUUAAAAAAUCCUGCGUCCCUUGCAAUUUUAAGGAAUGGCCGAAUUGCUGUAUGUGAAUGGAAUAACCAUCGUAUUCAGUUAUUUGAAUGAGAGAAACAUCAAUAUCAGGUCAGGAGCAAUAAGCCUAUAGUGACAGAAAACUGUUUGCAUGCCAGUUUAAAUUGUCGGUCAAAAGUCAGACAUGUGCAAGUGGACUAAUUUUUU